AUGAAUGAUUCUCUGUGGAACUUAGUGGAAACGGAGGAAGAUUUACUUAUACAAGUCGUCAGCAACGGAAUACACAAAAGCUCUGAGAUAGAAAACGUAACAUGGAGCAACAUAACGUUAAAAAAUUACACGGAAGUGGAUUGGGAAAAAAUGGCCCAGGAACGUGCCGUAUUAGGAAUAAUUCUCGGACUUUUUUCUGUUGCCACUGUUUUCGGAAACGUGUUAGUAAUAUUAGCCGUUGCGAGAGAACGAUACCUUCACACGAGCACGAAUUAUUUUGUAACAUCUUUAGCCGUUGCCGAUUGUUUGGUAGGAUUAGUCGUCAUGCCUUUUUCGGCGACACACGAAGUUUUCGUUCACAAUUGGUAUUUCGGUACGGAUUGGUGCGACGUUUGGCGAUCCCUCGACGUUUUGUUCAGCACGGCAAGCAUAUUGAAUUUGUGCGUCAUUUCAUUAGACAGAUACUGGGCCAUAACGGAUCCGUUUACAUAUCCCAUGAGAAUGAGCCGGAAAAAAGCCGCGGCACUGAUAGCCGGAGUAUGGGUUUGUUCGGCAACAAUAUCAUUUCCAGCCAUCGCAUGGUGGAGAGCGGUUCAAGUAAAAGAACCCCCACCUUUGACAUGUCCGUUCACCGAAAAUUUUGGAUAUCUAAUGUUUUCAAGUACCAUAUCGUUUUACUUGCCUCUUUUCGUAAUGGUAUUUACGUACUAUCGAAUAUAUCGAGCGGCAGCAGAACAGACUCGAAGUUUAAAAUUAGGAACGAAACAAGUUUUAAUGGCAUCCGGAGAAUUAGAACUCACACUCCGAAUGCACCGCGGUGGAAAUCAUCAAAUAUAUCAACACGUGGACGAUGGUACGGAUGACGUGGAAAUAUCGCCACCGCACAACGGACUUUCGCGAAUGCCGAGCUCGAAAUUUUCGACGAAAAACUUUAGCAAAAAUUUUUCGGUAUCGCGAAAAUUGGCAAAAUUUGCCAAGGAAAAAAAAGCGGCAAAAACAUUGGGGAUCGUUAUGGGAGUGUUCAUCGUUUGUUGGUUACCUUUUUUCGUUGUUAAUUUAUUAAGUGGGAUUUGUAAUCAGUGCAUUUGGCAAGAAGAACUCGUUUCUUCCAUUGUCACAUGGUUGGGAUGGAUCAAUUCGUCAAUGAAUCCAGUGAUUUACGCAUGUUGGAGUCGAGAUUUCAGACGUUGUCAUAAUUAG